AUGGCAACAGAAAACUGCAUUCCUGAGGAGCCUACACUAAGAAGCAAAAGGAGGCAUGAUCUCCAGGAGAUGCUGACAGAAGUGGGACUGUCUCCUGACUACUGGCUGCCUAAGCUUCAGGAAGACCUGGGUGUGACUUCUGCCCAGGCCUUACAAUAUUUAGACAAAAGGGACCUCCAGAAGCUGAAGUCCCAGACACAACACACAUGGGAGAAAAAAGCUCUAGAGAAUCUGAUUGACCUCUCACAGCCCAAGAGUGUUGCAGAGCUGCAGAAGACUCCAGGGGAGAUGAUGAAGAACAGGCAGAGUCAGGCAGGACAGGCACUGCAGGCUCUGAGAGCCUUGCAGUCAGAAGGGAAGCACAGAGAAGAAGAGGCAGUGAGGAGAAAGGAAGCAGAGCUGAGGCAAGCAAUGGAGAUCCCUGAGGAGUGCUGGCCAAUGCCUGAAGUGCCCCUAAAAGACAUCACUGAAAUAAUGGAGAGACAUCUCAGUCACAUGGAACAGACCCUGGCUCACAGUCAAAACCUCUCAGAUAGAGACCUGGUAAGAUGGGCUUCUGGAGGGUUGGCUCUGCAGGGAAUUUAUAAGACCAGCCACCAAAGAAGCCUGAUUCAGAAGAGAGAAGAGCUACUCAGUGUCCCUAAGGACUUCUCACUUGUUGGCCCAGAACAUGGCACAUGGAUAGAAACAAAGGAAUUUUCAACUUUUCAAGAACAAGCCAUGUUUACACAGUCUAUACAGAUGCUGGGUUUCAGUCCAACCUCCUUGGUUAAAGGGGAAGGUUGGGGACUUAAUCUGGAAGCUAGAAUGGAUCAAAACAAACAGACAGAAUCUGAGGAUAUCCACCAAUCGCAUUCAGAACAAUCUUAUUUCUGCUCAGCCAAGUUCAGCUACAUCCCAUUGGCCACCUGCCAUUUUCACAUCAAUCAUCUCCAGCUCUCCAAGGCUGCUCUCCAGGAACUAAAAAGUAUUGAAGAACUCCUGGAGCAGACGACACACCCAGAUGGAUUCCCCUUACUGAGGCACAGGGCUGAAAACUUUUUCCACAGGUUUGGCUCUCAUGCUAACCAAGGCCCACUGCACCUGGGGGGAAUCUACUGCUGGAAAGCCAUUUCAGAGGGUUUCAAAGGUGAGCAAUUGGCUGAUGUAAAGCAGCAAACAGAAGACUCUUUGAAUAUUUACAUAAGGGGCAGCUAUAGUGGCUUUGGAGUUAAAGUUGGUGCAAGUGUAAAUAUUGAAGACUCACAUUCAAAAACAGCAUCUUACAGUACAACUCAUCAAAACCUUCAAGCCAAUGUGCAACUAUCUGUAGCCAAGAUAGGUGGACCAGCAGAAGCAGAUGGAAUUGCCCAGUGGACAGCUGGUCUUGUAGCUAGCAAUCAAACCUGGUCUGUAAUUGAUAGGGGAGUGCAGUUGGUACCUAUUUGGGACAUCAUCCUGUCUAGUCACAGAACUGAUUUUAAGGAUGCCUUUCAAGUGGCUAACUGCCUAAAGGACAACUACACUGCUCUGACUGGACUCUCUGCCCAGAUUCAAGAAGGAGAAGAAUUUCUCACUGCUAGAAAAGAAGCUAAGCUUUUCCUAGAGGAUGUGAAAUGCUGGGAGGUUUCAGAUCCUGAAGAACAGCUUAGUAAGCUAAUAGAUUUUAUGCAAACAUUGACUCAAAAAAUAAAAAGUUAUAACAUUUGGAUUAAUACAUGCCUCACAGAUUGGGACCUGCAAAAUUUUCUAAUAAACAUUGUCAACUUCUGCAAAAAUACACCCACUUAUAAAACUCAGUUUAUUAACUAUCCCUCAACCACUGAGUCCUGGCCCCACAUUCACCCAAUGGAUAUCCAGAUGGCCAUUGUUCACUGUGCAGAUGAUCUUACCAGGCAAUAUAUUUUUUCCAAACUUUCCAUUUGUCAAUAUGCACUCCCCCUUGUGGUGCCAAAUCCCAACACUUCUCAGAAGGAAUUUUAUCUCUGGUCUCUCAGACAAAUUAGAAAAAGUUGGCAAGAUGCAAGUCAAUCUCCACAGGACAAGAGCUACAGUCACAAGAAUCAGCAGAUGUGUCGUGUCUCUACCCCCAUUGUGUCCUUCAUUAGAGUUGGAAAUGGCCUCUCUGCUUCCAAGUCUCAGAUCAUGAACUCUCUUCUCAGUAAACGUAAACAUGAUGUGUUUUUUCACAGACACUGCAGAGGAAGCAACAAACACUGUCUCCUGAUGGAGGGAGUGGUGGAAAUCUGCUGGUUCUGUCCUGCUGGCCAAGAUGAUGACAUAUUUGACAAGUGUCUAGCCUUCACCAAUCUUCAUGGAGAUGCCAAGGAACAUAGCCAACAGCUCAGCUUCCUGCAAGGUGUCUCUUCUCUCAUUGUGAUCCUCAUGUCAGCUUCUGAUAACAAUAAAGAAAACCAAAAGCUUGUCAGACACCUCUGUCAGUCAUCAACACCUUUGAUCUGCUUGAUUGAUGACAAAGAAAAGGCCAUAGCAAAUAAUUCUGGUAAAAGAAUGAGAAUUGGCAUCAAGAAUAGAAAUGAGGCAGAAUUAACAGAGGAGCUCACCACUGCCAUCAAACAUUUUCUAGAUCUCUCUAACACUGCUCUCAGUUUAGAGGACUGUUCACAGACAGCUCGAGAACAAGGAUUCCUUAUUGAUGAAGACCAGAGAGACUGCAAGGAAGCCAAAGAGAAGGCACAGAUUAUAAUGGCCCUCCUGGAAGAAUACCAGUUACCUCAGACAAAAGAAAAUUUACUACCCCUUCAAGGACAACUUUGGCACCUUUGGUGUAAGAAAGACAAAGAAUUCUAUCAUCUGAGAGAAAAAGGGAAUCGGAGCAUUGAACAACACAAGAGUGAGAUUGAAACAGAUAAAAGAAUAAUUCGAUGUCGGCAAUUGGAAAAAGCCUUUCCUCUCAAUGAUUUAAUGCGCUCCAUUCUCAAACUCCUCCAAGACUAUUCAGAAACCCAUAACAAACUUUACUUUUUGCAGUGGCUGACUCUGUUUUUUGACAACCUGACGAUAGAACACCUGGAAAAGUUACACGAAAAGCAGAGAUCAUUGUGGUUAAUGGUACAAACAGAAAAACAAAGAGCACAGAAGAGCAACUCCCUGACACUCUGGCAGAAGCAGAUAGAAGCCUUCUCCACAGAGAUUCAUGACUGUACUUUAGGAAUUGAGCACCUUCUCCGAGAAGUUGGUCAGAUCUAUGAAGCUCUGGAAGAAACUUCCUCCUCUAGAGAUAGCCUUUUUCUCUGCCUCCCUCAAAUUGCUGCAGACCUGAUGAUAGCUGGUGUUCCCAUUGAGCUGAUGGACGGAGAUGCUUCAUAUGUGCCUCUCAAGUGGGUAGCAGCUAUUUUUGACAAGAUCUCAGAGAAAGUUGGAGACAAAAAGCUGUUUGUUCUCUCUGUCCUUGGCCUGCAGAGCUCAGGGAAGUCCACACUGUUGAAUGCCUUGUUUGGGCUGCAGUUCACAGUCAGUGCAGGCAGGUGUACCAAGGGGGCCUACAUGCAGCUCCUCAAGGUGGAAGAGACAUUCACUGAAGAACUUGGCUUUGACUUUGUGCUUGUUGUAGACACUGAAGGACUUCGGGCUCCAGAACUCAACAACAAAUCCCAGAAUUGGGACAAUGAGUUGGCAACCUUUGUGAUUGGCCUUGGAAACUUGACUCUGAUCAAUAUUUUUGGGGAGAAUCCUUCAGAGAUGCAAGACAUCCUUCAAAUAGCUGUUCAAGCCUUUCUAAGGAUGAAACAAGUGAAAAUCUCCCCUAGUUGCCUCUUUGUCCAUCAAAAUGUGGGAGAAAUUACAGCUAAAGAUCAAAACAUGGAAGGACGGAGGUGUUUAGAGCAGAGACUGGAUGAAAUGGCAGUAACAGCUGCAGAACAAGAAGAGUGCUCAAAUGUAUCCCACUUCAAUGACGUCAUUAAGUUUGAUGUCAAUAAUCAUGUCUACUACUUUGCUCACCUCUGGGAUGGCAAUCCUCCAAUGGCCCCUCCCAAUCCUCGUUAUAGUCACAAUGUUCAGGAACUAAAGAGUAGAAUUAUUUUGACUGCCAAACAGGAACCCAGAGGUAGUAUCAUGAAGAUAUCAGAUGUCAAAUUUCGAGUUCAAGAUUUGUGGAAAGCCCUGGUCAAUGAGAACUUUAUUUUCAGCUUCAGGAACACCAGAGAGAUCAUGGCCAUGAGCAAGCUGGAAACCAUGUAUAACCACUGGACCUGGGAGCUGAGGAGUCACAUGCUGGACUUUCAGAACCAGCUAAUCAAUCAGAUUCAGAAUGGGAAAGUUCAGGCACUCAAAACAAGCAUAUUUGAGGCUCCAGUCACAGAAAAGUAUAUAACAAUUAAGCAAGAACUUGAAAAAUAUUUCAGUGAAGACCCAGAUAAUGAAAUACUGGUUCAAUGGAAAUCAAAUUUUGAAAAUAAGCUAACAAUCCUUAAAGAGGCACUUAUUUCAGACACCAGAAGGAAAGCCAAUGAACUUAUUCAUUUAAAAAAGAAUCAAGAAAAGCUGGAUAAAAAAAAGUCAAGUUAUGAAAAUGAAUUGUUGGAAAGAAGCAGAAAGUUAGCUUUAACUGUAAAAGGUAAAGAAUUAAAUGAAGAAGAGUUACAUGAAAAAUUCAAUCAACUUUGGAAAAAAUGGGUCUGUGAUGUGUCCUUAGAUCUUCCUCCAGUCAUAGAACCCGACAUUGACAUGGAUUCUGAAAACAUCCUCUGGGAGUAUUUCCAAAAGGAGAUAAACAUGGUGAACAUACUAAUGAGAUAUUCUGAAGACAAAUUUCAAAUAAAUUAUGAUGAGCACAUAAAAAUGAAUAAGAAGUAUAACUUCAUGACUCGGACAUUAAAGGUCUGUGAUAGGGAAUCCAUUAAUAUGACUACUGAAAAUAUUAUUACAAGAUUUAAUAAAACUAUCAAUAAUAUUCAUAAGCAACAGUGUGAUUAUAAUAUAAGUUAUUUCCAUGAAAUCCUGAGAAUAAUAGAAGACGAAGUAAAAUCUGCACCUACUGAGGAAAGAUAUACAUUUACAAGCAAAUACAUCAUUGACUUAUCCUUGUGCUUAUUCCAAAGAGCAUCUAAGAGUUUCAAGGAAAUGCACAAGGCAUUCAAGAGAGCAAAUGACCCUGUGAACUAUCUGGAGAGAAAGAAAAAUGAUUUCUUUAUGAGUUUUAAGAUCUCCUGCCAAGGUGCCACCUCCAUCAAAACAUUUGUUGAUUUUCUUUGGCACAAGCUCACCCCUGCUAUCUCUGCCACCAUAAGGGGGAAAAUGGUCAUUAAAAUUGCUGGAGACAUGCGAUCUAGCUGCCCUGAAUUCAAUGGAAACAGAGCUAACCUGGAGAAACAUAUUCUCAUUUCUCUGGCAGAAGAAGAAAACUUUGAUAAUUACUGGCAGUACCUUCAUUAUACAAAAUCUUUUUUUAGCAGCUAUAUUGAAAACUAUAUUAAACGAUACUGUUCAGAUGAAGGAAGUAAAAAAAUAAAGACUUUUUUAAAAAUAAGUUUAGGUGACAUCAAGAAUGCCAUCCUGUCUGCCAUUCAUGAGUCCACAGCAAUAGCUAAAGAUAAAGGCAGCACUGCAUCUGGCUGGCUGGAUUUGUUCUGCGACCACCUAGGGAGCAACCUGAUCUUCCCAAGAAGAGACCUGGUAAGCAUUGAGCACCAGGAGAUAACAGAUACUGAGUUUCUGAAAGAAGCCAUGAGCACAGCUUUGGAUCCUGCAAUGAGGAAAGUAGAAGAGGACUGUUCAAGUAAGCCCAUGGAUGAAAUGAUUCCUGACAUUGAGAAAAUUCUCUCUGAGCAUCUCUGUGGCUGCUGGAAACAGUGUCCUUUGUGUAAUGCAAUUUGUACAAACACCAUUCCCCAACAUGAAGGAGACCACAGUGUGCCAUUCCACCGUCCUCAGGCUGUCAGUGGUUGGCAUAAGCAUAAAACAGACCACUUUGUCAUUGAUUGUUGUACCAGUUCAGUAGCAAGUGAUCGCUUCAUGCUUCUGGGAAAUAACAGGGAAAUCUCGUAUAAGAACUAUCGGCAGGCAGGAGGGGAUUAUGCCACAUGGAGCAUCACCCCAGAUUCAUCCACCCAGUCAUACUGGAAAUGGUUUGUCUCACACUUCAGAUCAAAACUAGAGGAAAAAUACCAGAAAAAAUUUACAGAUACAGGUGAAAUCCCAGAUUCAUGGACCAAAAUCACAAAGGAGGAUGUGCUCAAUGACUUGAAAAAUCAAUAA